GGGGAUGAGACGAUGCAUAGACACUAAAAGUGCUACGGGACCGACCAUAGCAAGAAAAACCAAGCUUGAGAGAAAGAAAAGUAUUAUUGCAAAGCGUCUUUACAUUUGUUUAUGCAUUAGUUCAUUGUGUCAUAUUGCAUCAGGGGAAGAUGUUCUACACAUGUGGUCCAAAUGAGGCUAUGGUCGUAUCAGGGUUCUGUCGUUCUCCUCCAGUAAUGAUUGCUGGAGGAAGAGUGUUUGUGCUUCCCUGUGUUCAACAGAUCCAGAGGAUCUCCCUGAACACUCUGACGCUGAACGUGAAGAGUGACAAAGUCUACACUCGCCAUGGAGUACCCAUCUCUGUCACAGGCAUCGCCCAGAUGAAGAUACAGGGACAGAACAAACAGAUGCUGGCCGCAGCCUGUCAGAUGUUCAUGGGGAAGUCAGAGGGCGAGAUCGCCCAGAUCGCCUUGGAGACGCUGGAGGGCCACCAGAGGGCCAUUAUUGCCCAUCUGACUGUGGAGGAGAUCUACAGAGACAGGAAGAAGUUCUCGGAGGAGGUGUUUAAGGUAGCCUCGUCCGACUUGGUAAACAUGGGAAUUAGCGUGGUCAGCUACACGCUCAAAGACGUUCAUGACGACCAGGACUACCUCCACUCCCUGGGCAAGUCCAGGACAGCCCAGGUGCAGAAAGAUGCCCGCAUCGGAGAGGCCCAGUUCAAGAGGGAUGCUGUAAUCAGGGAGGCCCAUGCCAUGCAGGAGAAGAUCUCGGCCCAGUAUGUCAACGAGAUUCAGAUGGCCAAGGCUCAGAGAGACUAUGAGCUGAAGAAAGCCUCCUAUGACAUUGAGGUCAACACCAAGAAGGCAGAAUCUGAGAUGGCCUACCAGCUGCAGGUGGCCAAGACCAAGCAACGCAUCGAGGAGGAGAAGAUGCAAGUGAAGGUGGUGGAACGCUCUCAGCAGAUCAUGCUCCAGGAGCAGGAGAUCACGCGCAGGGAGAUGGAGCUGGAGGCCAAGGUCAAGAAGCCAGCCGAGGCCGAGAGAUACCGCCUUGAGAAGCUGGCUGAGGCGGAGCGUGCCCAGCGCAUCAUGGAGGCCGAGGCGGAGGCAGAAUCUAUUAGAAUUAAGGGAGAUGCCGAGGCCUUUGCCGUGGAGGCGAAGGGGAGAGCCGAGGCGGAGCAGAUGGCAAAGAAGGCCGAAGCCUUUGAGCAGUACAAGGAGGGAGCCAUGGUGGACAUGCUGCUGGAGCAGUUACCCCUGAUGGCAGAGGAGAUCAGCAAGCCCCUGGGGCAGGCUCACAAGAUCACCAUGGUUUCCAGCGGGGGUGCCGAAGUGGGCGCGGCCAAGCUCACAGGGGAGGUGCUGGACAUUAUGACCCGCCUUCCAGCUGCCGUGGAGAAACUGACUGGUGUCAGCAUCUCUCAGGCGACCACUCGUAUGGGCUGAGGAGAUGCACCAGGGCUCAGGCAGACAUUUCACCGCUCCUCUGCCUGGCUGUAGAUUCUGCAUGUCUACUAUUGCAGCCUUACGUCCUCCAGUAUGUUUCAACAACAACAUAUCUAUAUCUCUUAUCUCUAAUAGUAAUCCUCUUUUCUAUCCGUGUCUUAAUGACCCUUUCUAUGCUUAUCUCAACGUUGCACACUAACACUUUUUCUACCUGUCCUUAACCGUUUUCUCAACGUUUCAUCUUCAUUCGCCUCUCGUUUCCCCGUUUCAUAACUGCCUGAGUACACUGCCUUGCUGGCGAUCCCUAAGUGCAUCUUAACUGCCGAAUUCAACACAAAUGUGCUGUCAAAUCUGCCGGUACUUUCCUUAUCAGACUCUUGCUAAUCAGAAAACCGGUGGCAAAGGCCAAUUCCAUUUUUCACUUGGUAGUUUUUAUAGUUUGACAUAAUGGAAUUUGAUGGAGAGUUGUCAUGGCUUUGUUGGUACUGAGUUUGAAUAGUGUGUUGUGAUCAACAGUGAAUGUACCAAUACUAACCAAUUGAAGAAUCUGAUAUUGUAACGGAUACUUGCAAAAGGCUUGGGGAAAAGUAGUAUGACUAGGCCAUUCAAUUCAGUUGUAGUUUCAAUAUUAUCAUUAUUCUCCAUGGGUGUCUAUUUGAGAAAUGUGCGCUUUCACAGUGAUUUAUCUAUUACUGUUACGACCCCAACAAGCUUUUCAUGUUGUUUUCAGAUUUUCUUAAAGUGAGUCAUUAGAAAUUACCUAGUCAAAAAAAUUAUGUAGAAAUUCUAACAAAUGUGACUUGUGUAGUGCUUGGUGACGGGUUGAGUCCUUUCUAUACCUAUUGAAACAAAGGUAUGUGACGUUAUCACGGAAUAUUGCAGUUCUACCUAACACUGUCAAGUUGUAAGAUGUAUGUUACAAUGUUAGUCAGGAUGUACUGUUGUUGCUGUGUUGAGGAGGGCCGCAGAUUGACUGUAAUAGAAGUUGAUAAUGAAUAAUUAAGGGAGACAGUUUUUUUUUUUAAGUUGGAAGUAGAAUGCAAGGUGUCAUGCCCGAAAUAACCAAUUCAAACUAACGCAAGUUGUGUUCGAAUUCAUUACAAUAGCAUGAUUUUUCAGGACGUUUAAUUGUAGCAACUUUUCUGGUUUAUGCACAGAAAAUGGCCAGUUCACUAGGAGAGACAUUCCCCAGUGUCAGUGGUUCUUCAUCAUUCAGUGAUUGCCUCGGAUCAGUCGGUUCAAUAGAGCAUUCAGCUAGUCUAAGGCCCUAGUCUGAUUCGUGUCUGAUGUGGCUGUAGUGAUGAGCAAGGCUGGACCGACCCCAUAGCACGUGAGGCGGACCAUCAACUUGACUCCAUGUCGCCCUCUACCUCACCAUCACCACACGCUUAUACUUUCCCGUUUGUGAAACACAAGAUUGUGCAUGUGAUUAUUAUAUAAUGUAUUGGUUAUUUUUAUGAUUUGUCAGUCUGAUGAUGUCUUGAUGCACUACUGUUAUGGGUUAAUUACUAAACCAGGGACUGAACCAGAGGAUCCAAAAACAGCCAAAGGACCAUAGUUUGGGAUAUUUUUGAUUACCUGCUGUAAUUAUUGUAGAAAUGCCACUACUGUACCUGUUUUAAGUGAAGUAUUUUAAGCUUUAAUCAAUUUAUACUGUUUAUGAAAAUAAGAAACUCUUAUUGUGACUCCGCUUUUUAUGUGAACGUUUCACAUUUAUUUUACGUUGUGAAGGACAACCUGUUCUGAGCCCCACCUCCAGUUCUGGCUGUGUCAUAAAGGGUUUAACCUUCAGUUAAAUCCAGAGUACUCAAACCUCUUUAUCCUCAUGCUGUUGUUCGGUUCCAUCUUUGAACCAAUGAGACAAUCUGUUUUCAUGUCUUGUUCUACCAAGGAAUAACAAGUGGUUGCUAAUAUAUUCAUAUAUGGCAUGUUGGGCUUAUUUAAGUUACUGAUAUAUUAAAUGAAAAUAAUAGGAUACAUUUAAUGGGAAGUUGAUUGGAUCCAUUUUAUUUUAGUUAUAUUUAAACUGUGUGUGUUAAGUGUUUCUGAGGACAUAACCAAACUUGGAAUGUGCCUCCAUUGUUUUACAUUUUUUUUGUAUCUGCACUGCUGUCAUUAGGAAUCCAAUCAUUUUUACUCUGUAGGAAAUGUAUACUCUUGAAUUACUGAUUAUCAAAUACAUAAUUCCUUCGAUUCCAAAACCACAA